CCCAAUUUAUGCUCAGGUGGGUAUAUUGUGUCAUACCAGCCAUUUUGAAAUCGAAUCAGUAUCUCGCAAGUUGUUUUGAAAUAUUGGAAAUAUUGGAUUAACUACGUGUCUGGCCGCACAUGUAUAUAUAUCCAGACUAAACCUUCAAAAUUUCGGUCUCGCCGCUGCCUUUGGUUGACAUGGACAGUAAUUCCAGAGGUAAAGAAGGGCGGGAGGAGCCGGAAGCGGAGCUGGGCUGUUGCGGCUGCGUGCUGAUGGGUGUUUCCAUCUUCAUCCUCAUCAUCUUCUUCCCUUUCUCCCUCAUCUGUUCACUAAAGAUCGUGCAGGAGUACGAGCGAGCUGUCAUCUUCCGGUUGGGUCGGGUCCUUUCCGGGGGAGCCAAGGGACCAGGUCUGUUUUUCCUGAUGCCCUGCGUUGACACGUUUAGGUGUGUCGACAUGAGGACCUUCUCCUAUGAUAUUCCACCACAAGAGAUUCUGUCACGUGACUCAGUCACUGUGGCGGUUGACGCGGUCAUCUAUGCUCGAAUUUUCGACGCCACGAUGUCGAUCAUUAACGUCGAGAACGCGCAUGCGUCAACCAAGCUCCUCGCGGCGACCACGUUGAGGAACGUGCUGGGAACCAAAGCACUCUCGGACAUUCUCAGCGAACGCGAGAGUAUCGCCCACCAGAUGCAGUCGAUCCUGGACCAUGCGACGGACCCCUGGGGAGUGAAGGUCGAGAGAGUCGAAGUGAAGGACGUCCGACUUCCGGUUCAAAUGCAGAGGGCCAUGGCGGCGGAAGCGGAAGCAAAUAGGGACGCCAGGGCUAAGGUGAUCUUGGCAGACGGAGAGAUGAAGGCCUCCCGCUCCCUGAAGGAAGCCGCCGACAUCAUGAGCCAGUCGCCGGCCGCCAUGCAGAUCCGGUACCUGCAGACGCUCAACUCGAUCGCCGCCGAGAGGAACUCGACCAUCAUUUUCCCGCUGCCCAUCGAUAUGCUUGGCGGCCUGAUGAAGAAAUAAUCGCGGAUGCGCGAACAGAAAGAUAUUGGAGAAGAAACAAUAUAUUAACACUCCAUUUGAGACUAUUGUUAGCAUUGUUUAAGUUAUUCCUUGGCACUGUUUUUUUAUUGCUAUGCAUCUAUCAACAUUUACCUACGGGAUACCUAGGAAUAAUGACUAACCUAAAAAAUGAAAUGUAAAUAAAUGGGGCAAAUAUUAAAUUAAUAAUAUAUAUAUAUAUAUAUUAAGAUGGCCAACCAUUGUAAUACUGUACAGAAAGAAAUUCACAUUAAAUGUAUAUUUAAUAACUGUUUAUUUGUUAAAAUUGAUAUUGUUAUUAUUUUGUUUGAACAAAGCAUGUACAAUACAUUUAGAAAAUCAUUGUCUUGUAUGGACAUGUACAUAACAAGUGAUGCUCUUAUUCAACCAUAAAGCGGUUUCACAAUUUCCAAUUACAUUUCUCCCAUAAUUAAAAAAAAAACGAUUAAAGUGUUAGUAACAUGUUUUAGGUUGUUUUGUCAAUUUGUACUUAUUGUAUCAAUAAAGUCUUUAUACCAGAA